AGUUUAGGCCCGACACGGCCCAUAAAUUAUUCGUGCUCGUACCUGACUGACCCAUUUGUUUCGUGCCCGUGCUCGUGCCGUGAAGUGCUAACCCGUGUGCGGCACGGCCUGGUGCCUACGUACAGGCUAGCCGCCAUUCAUCUUCCUUUCGGAAGGGUUUAGAAAACGUACUAUGAUCCAUUCAUCGACUAACAAGUGUUCAAACUCGACUCUUCUUCCAUUUAACAAUAAACCAACAAUAGCAACAAAAGUCGAUUCUGAACUCUCCUCGCCUCUCUGGUUCUCUGAAUCCUUCUUCUCGCUACACAAUAAGUAAUGUUACAACCAAUGAAUCCCAAACCAAUAUUCCACAAACAAAUCAAAAGACAGUACCAAAAAGAAAGAAAUGGGAGCUGACAGAGGAAGCACUAAAAGAAGAAGCAUCCUGAUGCUGCCAUGGCUAGCACACGGCCACAUUUCUCCAUUCUUCGAGCUAGCUAAGCGGUUAACUGAUCACUACAGCUUCCACAUCUACUUGUGUUCAACUCCAGUCAAUCUCGACCACCUCAGGAACACCCUGCCUCCAUUCAUCCAAUUGGUCGACCUCCACCUCCCAUCUUCCUUCGACAAAACCCUACCUCCCAAUUCCCACACCACCAAAAACCUCCCUCCCCAUCUAAUGCCGACACUCAAAUCCGCUUUCGACCAGUCCGAACCGGCCUUCUCCCAAAUCCUCAACUCUCUUCGACCAGACCUCCUCAUCUACGACUUCCUCAUGCCAUGGGCCCCUCGAGCCGCCGCGAGAGAGCUCGGAAUCAAGUCCGUGGUGUUUAUCACCGGAGGCGCAGCCUGUCACUCGUUCGUUACUCAUUACAUCGCUCACCCGCCGGAAACCCAGUUCCCCUUCCCAAAUUUAGACAUCGUUUCUUCAGGGGAAGGGCAAAAAACGGUUGAAUUCCUGGAGAGUGGUGAUGAUCAGGGUAGGUUGAGCAAUAAAGAUCGUUACUUUCAGUGCUUGAAGAGCUCCUCUGAGAUUGUUCUGAUCAAGACGUUCAGGGAGAUUGAAGGGAAGUACGCGGAUUACUUCUCUAAACUGUUGGGGAAAGAGGUGGUCACCGUUGGCGGGCUUGUAAGAGAACCAGAAGCGAAAACAGGGGACUCUGACAUCAUCAACUGGCUGGACCAGAGAGAUCAUUCUUCUCCUCCAGUUGUAUUUGUGUCGUUUGGGAGCGAGUAUUUCCUUUCCAUGGAAGAGAUGGUGGAGGUAGCAAAAGGGCUGGAGAGGAACAAAGAUUUGAACUUUAUUUGGGUUGUGAGGUUUCCUGAAGGGGCAGAGCAAGAGAAAAACUUGUUGUUACCAGAAGGGUUUAUGGAGAGAGUUGAAGGGAGGGGAUUGGUGGUGGAAGGAUGGGCGCCACAGGCGAAGAUUCUACAACAUGAGAGGGUUGCAGGGUUUGUGAGCCAUUGUGGGUGGAGUUCUGUGUUGGAAGGUAUUGUCUAUGGCGUGCCAAUUGUGGCCAUGCCGAUGCAGCUUGACCAGCCGUGGGAUGCUAAGUUGGUGGAGGAGAUUGGGGUGGGGAAGGAGGUGAGGAGAAGGAAGAGUGACGGGGGGAUUGAUGGAGAGGAGAUGGGGAAGGUGAUUGAUGAAGUGCUGAGGAAUGAGGAAAUGAAAGGAAGGGUGAGAGAGUUGAGUGAGAAGUUGCAGGGGAAAGGAGAUGCUGAGCUUGUUGCAGCUGCAGAUAGGUUAUGGAGUCUCAUUGAAGGUGUGUAGGAGACUGGGGGGGGGGGGGGGGGGGGGGGCGUUUAAACUACAUCACUUAAAAUCCUGGUACAACAUUGUCAUUAUUCAGAGGUUAAAUCCUGGUACAACUACAUCACUUAAAAUUUAGGAGAAACAACAUUGUCAUUAUUCAGCUAUUAAACUAGCAAGAUUUAUUAGAUGAUCGACUUAAUUGUUAGUCAUGAAAAUAUCAAGUAAUGAUAUGUAAGAUAAAUCGUGGGAUACAUU